AUGGCGACACCUGAAGAUACCGUGCCAGCGACCACUCCGGAAUCAAAAGAGAAUGAUGCCAAUCAUACGGCGAAAUCGACUCUUUUCGUUCGUGGUAUACCAUAUGAUGCAACCAGCAAGGAUCUCGAAGAGUUUUUCAGUGAGGUUGGCCCGAUCAGAAAGUGUUUUGUGGUGGCUUCCAAGGAAGAAGGAGCUCCCAAGGAAGGCGAACCCAAUUUCAAGAACAAAGGAUUUGGUUAUGUUCAUUAUGCAUUGGCCGACGACGCACAAGAAGCCCUCAAAACGCUUACUUCCGCCAAGUUUAAAGGGGGUCGAAAACUCAAGAUCGAGCUCGCUCGACGACGAUCCGAAGCGGCUUCAGCCAACGCCAAGAAAGCAGAAUCCAAACCCGUAAAGAAAGCCUUUGUCAUCAAACCUACCAAGCCUGUUCAACCUGAUGGCACAGAACGUCCCUUUGAUCGUGCCGCCCGUUUAAUUGUUCGUAACUUGCCUUGGAAAUACAGAGAAGACGAUUUACAGCGACUAUUUUCAGCUCACGGUACCGUUCACGAAGUGCGCUUACCUCGAAAAUAUGAGGGUGGUCCUCUUCGCGGAUUUGCCUUUGUUCAAUUUGAAAAAGUCGACGAAGCCGAAGCGGCCAUGAAUGCGUUGAAUGCUACGGAACACCUUGGUCGAACCAUUGCUGUUGAUUGGUCUAUCCCCAAGGAUCGAUUCGAUCAGAUGGAAUCUCAAGAAGCGGAAGAAACGACGGAGCAGCCGAGCGAAGAGACAAAAAUGGAUGUAGAUGAGGCUACUAACGACGCGCAAGAUGCGGACGAGAAGAUGGCCGAGUCUGAUGAUCAAAAUUCGGAAGACGAGAGCGAAGAUUCCGACGAAGAAGAAGUCGCUGAAGAGGCUGGAUCUGAUGCUAACUCUGAUUCUGAUGAAGACGAGGACGAAGAAGAUGAUGAUGAGGAGGAGGAGGAGGAAGAAGAGGAGGAUGAGGAUUCAAGCGAAGGCGAAGAAAGUGAAGAUGACAGCGACGAUGAUGAAGAAGAAGAAGAAGAAGAAGAAGAGGAGAACGAAGAUGAGGAAAUGGAAGAAGUCAGCAAGGGAGAAAAAGUGGAGAAAACUCGCACACCUAUCUCUGAAGGUACCACGUUAUUUGUUCGUAAUUUAUUGUUCGAAACCACCGAGAAUGAUAUGAAGCAAUUCUUUUCUCAAUGGGGCAGAGUGGUCUAUGCACGCAUCACAAGAGAUCGUGAGACGAAGCUUUCAAGAGGCACCGGUUUUGUGUUGAUGCGAGAAAAGGAAGAUGCCGACAAGUGCUUGGAAGAAGCGGAAGCAUUGAAAGCCAUGUCAUCAACGGGUCAAGAAGAUGACGAAGAUGUGAUGAAAUCCUUAAUGUCGAAACGUGAAAAGAAGAAGAAGGGAUUAAUGUACAAUAGUAUUCUGACGCCGGACGCCAGCUCCAGUCUUGGUCAAAAAUUCACAUUGAACGGUCGAGUGUUGGAUGUCACCCGCGCCGUGGAUCGCAAUGCGGCACAAAAGAUGAAGGAAGACAAGCAGAGUUUGAAACGUAAGGAGGAUAAACGCAACCUGUACUUGAUGCGUGAAGGCGUUGUUUUCCCAGAUACACCCGCCGCGCAAACCAUGACGCCCGCCGAAUUGCAGAAACGUCAAAUGUCCUUCUCUGCGCGCAAGAAACUUGUGAGCAACAAUCCAUCGCUGUUCAUCUCCAAGACCCGUCUUUCCAUCCGUAAUCUACCUGUCAAAGUGGAUGAUACCGAUUUACGUAAGCUGGGAUUGGAAAGUAUCCAAAAGUUCAAAGAACAAGUCAAGGCCAAACUUCGAACGGAUUUGACCAAAGAAGAAAAGGAAGACGGAUGGCAAUACAAACCCCGCGUGAAACAAGCGAAAAUUGUACGAAGCAAAGAUCGUGUGGAUUCGGCCACCAACAAGCCCCGCAGCAAGGGUUACGGUUUCUUGGAAUUUCUCACUCACUCACACGCAUUGGCAGCAUUAAGAUAUUUGAACAACAACCCCGAUCUUUUUGAAGGCAAACGCCUGAUUGUCGAAUUUUCGCUCGAAAAUAAGGAAGUUUUGGAACGACGCAAAGAACGUACUUCAAACCAACACCAAGCAUCAGCGACCACCUCUGAAGAGCAAGAAUCCGAACAAAACUCGCGCGGAUUCCAGCAAAGGGAUCACCGUGAACGAGGUGAUCGCGGCGAUCGAGGUAGCCGAGGUGGCCGUGGAAGUCGUGGAGGCCGCGGAGGCCGCGGUGGUCGUGGAGGACGUGGCGGCCGUGAAGAUCGUGGAAGCCGUGAAGAUCGUGGAAGCCGUGAAGAUCGUGGAGACCGUGAAGAUCGUGGAGGCCGUGGAGAUCGUGGUGGCCGCGGUGGUCGCGGUGGCCGUGGAGGCCGAGGUGGUCGUGGCGGUCGUGGCGGCCAAGUCCGAAGACCGGUUGAAACUGGAAAAAAGAGACCUUUCAAGAACGGUGACAAGCCUACGAAUACCAAAAAGGCCCGAACAUAA